AUGAAGACGUCCGAGAGGUGGGCCUGGAGCGUGCCGGCACGGCUGCUGCUUCUCUGGGCUGCUCUGGCUUGUCUCCAUUUGCCUGGCUCCAGAGGUGAAAGGCCACACCCUCUUGGGUCAAAUGCAGUCAACGAGAGCCUGGCCAAGAGUAGACAGACGCGGAAUGUGGAUGCCACGCUUAUGCCUAUUGAUUGUGAGCUGUCCAGCUGGUCCUCCUGGACCACAUGUGAUCCCUGUCAGAAGAAAAGGUACAGACAUGCCUACUUGCUCCGGCCCUCUCAGUUCCAUGGGGAACCGUGCAACUUCUAUGACAAGGAAGUCGAAGACUGUGUUACCAACGGACCCUGCAGAAGUCAAGUGCGGUGUGAAGGCUUUGUGUGUGCACAGACAGGGAGGUGUGUAAACCGCAGACUUCUUUGCAACGGUGACAACGACUGUGGAGACCAGUCAGAUGAGGCAAACUGUAAGAGGCUUUAUAAAAAAUGUCAGCAUGAAAUGGACCAAUACUGGGCAAUAGGCCGCCUGGCCAUUGGGAUAAAUUUGUUUACAAACCGUUUGGAGGGCCCGGUUCUUGAUCACAGGUAUUAUGCCGGCGGAUGUUCCCCUCAUUACAUACUGAACACGAGGUUUAGGAAGCCAUACAACGUGGAAAGCUACACCCCACAGACCCAAGGCAAAUAUGAAUUUGCACUGACAGAAUAUGAGUCGUACUCAGAUUUUGAACAUAAUGUCACAAACACAGCAACUAGAAUGUCUAGUUUCAGCUUUGGCUUUAAAAUACCUGGAAUAUUUGAACUUGGCAUUAAUUCGGCGAGUGAGAAUGGCAAACGUUUUAUUAGCAGAACCAAACGAUUCUCUCAUACUAAAAGCACAUUUCUGCACGCGCGCUCCGACCUUGAAGUGGCACAUUACAAGCUGAAACCCAGAAGCCUCAUGCUCCAUUACGAAUUCCUUCAGAGAGUCAAGCAGCUGCCCCUGGAGUACAGCUACGGGGAAUACAGAGAUCUCUUCCGUGAUUUCGGGACCCACUACAUCACAGAGGCCGUGCUUGGGGGCGUUUAUGAGUACACUCUCAUUAUGAACAAAGAGGCCAUGGAGAGAACAGGUUACUCUGUCAACGAUGUCCGUGGCUGUGCCAAAAAUGAUUUCAAAAUCGGUGCUGGCAUUGAAGUGGUCUACGUCAAGCUGGGUGUGUCAGAGGUUGCAUGUAAGGGUAUUCUGAAGGAAAUCGAAGAAAGAAAUGAGAGAACCACCAUGGUGGAUGACUUGGUGGUCCUUGUGCGAGGAGGGGCAAGUGAGCACAUCACCGCCCUGGCAUACAAGGAGCUUCCGACGGCUGACCUGAUGCAGGAGUGGGGAGAUGCAGUGCAGUACAACCCGGACAUCAUCAAAAUUAAGGCAGAACCUCUGUAUGAACUGGUGACAGCUGCAGACUUUGCCUACUCCAGCACCGUGAGGCAGAACAUGAAGCAGGCCCUGGAGGAGUUCCAGAAGGAAGUCAGCUCCUGCCAUUGUGCUCCCUGCCAAGGGAAUGGAGUCCCGGUCCUGAAAGAAUCACGCUGUGAAUGCAUCUGUCCUGUCGGAUUCCAAGGCCCAGCCUGUGAGGUCACCUAUCAGAAAAAUGUCCCCAUUGAUGGGAAGUGGAAUUGCUGGUCGAACUGGUCUCUGUGUUCUGGAGGAAAGAAAACAAGACAAAGGCAGUGCAACAAUCCCCCUCCUCAAAAUGGCGGCAGCCCCUGCUCGGGCCCGGGCUCAGAGACACUUAACUGUUAA